GAUUCACAGUUUUGGGCGUGAUGACGUACGGCUUACGUCAUGCCGUUCGAACGCGUAGCGGCGGUCUCUGCAGCGCGAGCAAAAGAGCGAUUCAUCAACAAGCAAACUCACAGACCUUCAGAAUCCACACAGCUGCUACCAAAACCGAAAAUUAAACUCUGUACGACGACAGAAUGAGGUGCUGUCAUGGAUAAAAUCGUUCUGGACUCGUAGGAGACGGAAGUCAGUUCGUUCUAGUAACGUUAGUUUGUGAGCUAACGCACAGUCCGUUAACUGUCAACAGGUGAAUCCGAACUGUGAAGUAAACAAUAAUGUCAUCCAGAGCUCUGUGGCAGCAGCCGUAUGUGAAUAUCUUCAAGCACAUGAAGAUAGAAGAAUGGAAGAAAGUCAGCAAAGAGGGAGACGUCUCCACAUACAUGGAUAAAAGCCUGAAGUGUUCUGUGUUCCGGGUCCGUGGCUCCAUACCGGCCAGUAACUACAUCCUCCUGCCCAAAACCAGCAGCCAGUCUCUGUGUCUCACCGGACGAUACCUUUACCUGCUGUUCAGACCCAGCCCAAACAAACACUUCAUUGUGCACCUAGACAUUGCUGCUGAGGAGGGUCAGGUGAUCCGUGUGUCGUUCUCUAACAUGUUCAAAGAGUUCAAGUCCACGGCGACAUGGCUGCAGUUCCCUUUUCUGUGUGGAGCUGCACACGGUUCACUGUAUGAGAAUACGGCCAGUACUGCUAAACAAGGUUUAGUGGGCCCAGCGCCACCGAGCACGAGGUGGACAUGCUUGACAAUGGAUCUACAUUAUGUGCUCUCGGUUUACCUCAACAGAACCCACAGUCACCUAAAGAGCAUCAAACUCUGUGCCAAUAUGUCUGUUAAAAAUAUCAUCACCAGCGACCUGCUGUUUGACCCUGGUCUGUCAUUCUCUGAGUACAGGCAAUCUGGUGUGAUGUUGCCAGAUUGCACUGCACCGAUGCCAAGAGAAAUGUGUUUCCCUGUACCGAAAGGCCAGAGAUGGCACGACUUGUAUGAUUACAUUAGGUUUCCCUCAGAUGGAACAAAGCUACCAUUUGAUUCCAUACAAAAAGGAUCCAGCAGUGAAACUCAAAUCUCAGCCGAAAAAAGUCCUCAAAUAGAAGAGAGUCAUGCUGUAAAGAUCAGCAAACCUGUACAAGAUAGAGUCUCCCUCAUUCAGCAGAUCACCACCCCCAAGCCUGCGAGACGCACUAAGCAACGUUCGGCAAACCAGACAAAGCAUCUGCCUGAGCUGAAUUAUACACACUCUAGAGGCUCAGAGAGCCCGGGGUCACCGGGUCAAAGGUCGCAGGUGGACGAACAGGUCACAGUCGUGCGUGCUGAUGAUGCUGGAGUACAUGUCUACGCUCAUUGUGAGGAUGAUGUCUAUACUCACACGACAGACAGUGAGGAGGAAAUCACAGUCAUCAAUGCAGCGUCUCCUCGGCCUGUCUCUCUGUCUUCUGACCAACCAGUGAAGAAACCUCAGAAAUUGUAUCCUGACCCCAUUCUGAAGUUGAACCGAAUUAUUGGCUUCGGAGGAGCUACAAUGAGAUGUGCUGUGUGGAGUUCUGAUGGAGAGGAAGUUGUGUAUCCUUGUCACGCCGUUAUCGUCAGCAUGACGGUUUCUUCCGGACAACAGAGAUUCUUCAUUGGACACACAGAUAAGGUCUCAGCUCUGGCGUUAAAUACAAGCUCUGCAUUGUUGGCAUCAGCUCAGAUGGGCGCAAACAGUCUGAUUCGUCUCUGGAGCUACAGCAGAGGAGUGUGUCAGACCAUCAUUCCUACACACACACAUGCUCUGAAUCUGCUCAGUUUCUCUCAGAGUGGAGGAGUUCUGUGUGGCGUAGGGAAAGACAGCCACAACAAAACUACGGUGGUCCUUUGGAACACUCGGCGUGUGGCAGAAGGAAGUGUGGUUCCAGUCUUAGCUAAAGCACACACAGAUGUGGACAUCCAGACAAUGAAAAUAGCGUUCUUUAAUGAAACACGUAUGGUUUCGUGUGGUUUAGGUAACAUACGUCUGUGGCGUGUGCGUGGCGGUUCUCUACGCUCUUGUCCGGUGAAUCUGGGACAGUAUCACAAUUUAGAGUUUACUGACCUCGCCUUCGAGCAAGGACACACUCAGGACCGUCCAGUGGAUGAGCGCACACUGUUUGUCAGCAGUAGGAGUGGUCACAUCCUGGAGAUCGAUUAUGUUGCUGUGGCGAUAAAAAACAUCAGGAGGCUCCUCCCAGCUCAGGAGACCCACGCCCACCACAGGGAGAAACAGACCUUUAGCACAGGUGCCGGUAUUGCAGUGAACAGCAUCAGUGUGUGUGAUGAAUUCUGCGUUACUGGUUCAGAGGACGGAUUCAUGCGUCUGUGGCCUCUUGACUUCUCAUCUGUUUUCUUAGAGGCGGAGCACGAGGGGCCUGUCAGUUUGGUGUGCGUGUCCUCGGACGGCUCGAGAGUUCUAGCCGCCACAACCACAGGGAAUCUUGGGUAUCUGGAUGUCAGUAGCCGUGGUUACCGUACACUGAUGAGGUCACACACAGCGAGUGUUUUGGGCUUUAGUGUGGACUGCGUUAGACGGCGGGUCACCACAGUGUCCAGAGACAGCACUGUACGAGUGUGGGACAUGGACACCAUGCAACAGCUCUAUGAUUUUGUUUCUGAUGACGAUGAAAGUCCCUGUUCAGUUGCGUUCCAUCCCAGCAUGCCUCUCUUCGCCUGUGGAUCGAGCUCUGGAACUGUCAGGGUGUUUGAUAUCCAAACAUCAAGCCUAAUUGCCCAGCACAGGUACAUACACACUCUCAAACACUCAUUUGUUCUGACAAAUCAACACUUUUUUUCAUUUGUAUGUGUGUUUGAGUGUUGUUUUUUGUUGGAUUUGAUGGUGUGCUUGAAUGCUGGAUUUGAUGACGUUCAGAUGAUGAAUGAGAUCAAGAAUGUGUCCAUUUUCUCCUCCAGGUGUUAUUUGUUUGGUCACUGUAGGCGACGCCCUCUUCUUCUGGGACUUCCUGGCACCUCCACAGGAAGCUGCACACUUCAAGAUUUUUUUAUAAAAGUCUUCCCUCAUAAAUCAGAUCACAGUUGGGCGGAGCUAAAUGGAGCCGAGCUGUCCAAUGAGAGUCCUCGAAAGGCAUUGUUUCAGCCCUCCUCACCGCCUGUCAUGAAUUUUCUUUCCAGUGCUCUGAAGGACAGCGAAGGUUUCCUAUGCGAUUCUACUGCUGAACUACAGCUUAGUCCCGCCACAGGCCACGCCCACUCCCCUCCUCCCAAACACACCUCCUUCCUCAGAGUUACAGAGUGGGUGAAGGACGAGGACACGCCCACACUCCCAGCUAACCAAUCAAGGAUGGAGAAAAUACAAGACAAUCACACAGCAGUCCGUCCAGACUGUUAUAAACACUUCACUCCACGUUUUAAGACUUCUGUGUUAGACCGGACCACAGUAGCUCCGCCCUCAGGACAGGCGGGGCUAAGUCUCAAGGCUGUGAUUGGCUAUAAUGGCAAUGGGCGUAACAAUAUGGUCUGGAAUCCAGACACAGGUUUAUUUGUGUACACAUGUGGGUGUGUUGUCGUCGUUGAGGAUCUUCACACAGGCUCACAGAAACAGUGGUUCGGCCACACAGAGGAGAUCUCAACGCUCGCCAUCACCCAUGAUGCACAGACGGUUGCAUCUGCAUCAGGGGGCGGAGCUUCUCACAGCAGCCUCAUCUGCAUAUGGAACGCUUCAGAUGGCUCCUGUAGAAACCGCCUUUCUUACCACAAGGGAGCAGUGCAAAGCCUGACUUUUUCCAGGGAUGACAUGUACCUGCUCUCAGUGGGUUCUUUUUCGGAGCCGGUGGUGGCGCUGUGGGGCACACGAUCGUUUGAGCUGCUCUGUACCGUUCAGAUAUCCGUCCCGCUGCAUGAUGCCUCUUUCUGUCCAUUCACUGCCGGUGAGCUGACACUCGUCGGCAGCAGUGCUGUUGUGUUUACUCAAAUACAAACACAGGAUAACAGCACUGAACUUCAGGUGCAGAAAGUAAGCUUACCUGAUGCGGUCGGGGAGGCGGAGGUGACAUCACUGUGCUAUAGCACUCGCCGGGUCCUGUACACGGGCACAAACAGCGGCCACGUGUGUGUGUGGGACUGUAACACACAGCGCUGCUUUGUGACCUGGGAAGCAGAUGGGGGAGAGAUAGGUGUGUUGGUUUGCCGUGAGAAUAAGCUGGUCACAGGCAGUAACACCAAAAAAUUGAGACUGUGGUCUGUAGCUUCGGUCCAGAAUCUCAGUGAUGCAAAUAACAAGAGCAGCAGAACACAGGAGGAUGGAGCUCAGGUGCAGCUGGAACAAGAACUGCUGUUGGAUGGGACAGUGGUCAGUGCAGCGUUUGAUGAUGUCAUGGACAUGGGGAUUGUGGGUACGACAGCAGGAACCCUGUGGUACAUCAACUGGGCCGACAGCACCAGUAUACGGCUGAUCAGCGGACAUAAGAGCAAGGUGAACGGUGUGGUUUGCAGUCCAGAUGAGCAGCAUUUUGCCACCUGUGGGCAGGACGGCAGUGUGAGAGUUUGGGCGCUGCAGAGCCACGAGCUGCUGGUGCAGUUUCAGGUGCUGAACCAGAGCUGUGAGUGUGUGUGUUGGUCUCCUCCGAGGGGUGUGUAUGAGCCCAGCGGACGCGUGUGUGUUGCGGGUGGUUACAGUGACGGGACUGUGAGGAUCUUCAGUCUGGAGUCUGCCGAGAUGGAGCUGAAACUACAACCUCAGCCUGUGUCUGUGUGCGCGCUGCAGUACUCACACUACGGUCAUGUGCUGUUGUCUGGUGGUCGUGAUGGUCUCAUUACUGUCAGCAGUCCCGUCACUGGAGUCACUGUACGCACCAUCCGUGAUCACAAGGGGGCGCCCAUAACUACAGUGCAGUGCACCAGCAAACAGUAUAAGGAGUUUGGACUGGAGGGGAAUGAGCUCUGGUUGGCUGUAAGCACAGACAGGCGUGUCAGCAUCUGGGCUGCUGAUUGGAUGAAGGAUAAAUGCGAGCUGCUUGAUUGGCUGACAUUUCCAGCACCCAGCUCACCAGAGGAUGCUCUGGCAUUACCACCCAGUUUGGCUGCGUUCAGCCCCAGCGAGAGAGGAACAGUUUUGAGGAUGAUCUCUCUGGCUGAUUGGGCGCUCUGUCUCGGUCUCUGCUCGACUGGAAGACUGAUCGCUGCUGGAUCAAACCAGCUGAAGCUGAUUGAUUCGUCCAGCGGGUGUUUUCAGGAUUUCAUGUCUCAGAGUGACUCGGUUCACGUGUGCAGCUUCAGUUGGUCUGGAUCUCAGCUCUUCACUGCUGCUCGUGAUGAGCUCUUACUGUGGACUGUGAACGGGUGUUGUUUGGCAGAUCCAGAUGAGCAGCAUUUUGCCACUCGUGGGCCAAGGACGGCAGUGGGUGUGUAUGAGCCCAGCGGACGCGUGUGUGUUGCGGGUGGUUACAGUGACGGGACUGUGAGGAUCUUCAGUCUGGAGUCUGCCGAGAUGGGGAUGAAACUACAACCUCAGCCUGUGUCUUUGUGGCGCGCGGGCAGUACUCACACUACGGUCAUGUGCUGUUGUCUGGUGGUCGUGAUGUAUAAGGAGUUUGGACUGGAGGGGAAUGAGCUCUGGUUGGCUGUAAGCACAGACAGGCGUGUCAGCAUCUGGGCUGCUGAUUGGAUGAAGGAUAAAUGCGAGCUGCUUGAUUGGCUGACAUUUCCAGCACCCAGCUCACCAGAGGAUGCUCUGGCAUUACCACCCAGUUUGGCUGCGUUCAGCCCCAGCGAGAGAGGAACAGUGGUUUAUACCGGCUACGCUGUGGAAAAAGAGAUCAUCUUUUACUGCCUUUACAAAAAACAGGUUUUGAGGAUGAUCUCUCUGGCUGAUUGGGCGCUCUGUCUCGGUCUCUGCUCGACUGGAAGACUGAUCGCUGCUGGAUCAAACCAGCGUGUCCUGAAGCUGAUUCAUUCGUCCAGCGGGCGUUUUCAGGAUUUCACGUGUCACAGUGACUCGGUUCACGUGUGCAGCUUCAGCUGGUCUGGAUCUCAGCUCUUCACCGCCGCUCAUAACGAGCUCUUACUGUGGACUGUACACGGAUUAUAAUGCUGACACAACACUAAUGCUAGAGUUGGAGAGUUUGACCCUUUUAUUUUGGAUUGCACCAGUUACUCUAGAGUCAGAGUCAGUUUUUCUGUUCAGUAGAAAUGUUGCAUUGAUGUAGCAGAGCAGUUUUGCCAAUGUUUUACAUCCGGUUAGCGUGACUUGAAGUUGAAAUUAUAGGAGUUUUUUUAAUCUUUUAAUUUGUUUUUAAUGUUUUUGAUACACUUGUAUACUUGUAUACUCGGUUUUUAUACUUUUACACAGUUUCAAAUUAUUUUGCUAGUGAGAAAGACCCUGGAAUUGUUAUGCACUUUGAGCCUCAGAAAUAAAAUUCAUAAAAACUGAA